AUGAAUAAAACUCGCCAGCCCUGCUGGGAGUUGCAAUCGCACGUACCCGGCGGGCGCCGCUCCAGCUCGGGGCAGGGGCCGUGCGAAGCCCCGGGGCAGAGCCUGCGCCAGCGCCCUGCGCGGCCAGGAGUUUUGGCCCGCCUCGGCCGCCGGACCCACGUGGCCCGUGACGACGGCGGCCCUGGCUUCCGGGUCGCCCUGGAGCCGCCACGUGCGCGCCGCGCCGCGCCCGAGAGAGAGCCCAUGGCCAUGGCCACGGCCGCCGCCGCCGCGCCUCCGGUGCUGCUGGGGCUGCGCGACAUCCCCGCCGCGGCGGGCUCGUGCCAGGCCGGCCUGCAGCUCCACGGGGCGGCGAGCAAAGUGGGCGGGUCUCCGGAUUGCCUCCCAUCAGUAACUCUGGCGCAUCCAGCCUGUGGCAUUUGUGGUACUGCCCUGAUGCACGUCGUGCAGGUCUACUGCCCCCUCGAAGGCUCACCGUUCCACCGCGUCAUCAACGUCUUUGCUUGCGCUACAGAAAGCUGCUGGGGGGACUUGGAAAGCUGGAAGGUGUUGCGAUCCCAGUAUUUGCAAGUUCAAGGAAAAGGAACACAGGACUGCAAAUUGAAGCAGAAGCAAGAAUGUGUCCUUGCAGCCCAGGACUGGUGUGAAGGAGCAGAUGACUGGGGAGAAGACAAUGGAAUAGCAUCUUCUGGACACACUACAGGCCACAGCCUGGGCUCACACCCAGCAUCAGACCCUGUGCCCAAAGAAGAUUGUGCAAACCAGUUCCAAGAUCUGAGCCUCAGAGAAGUCCCUGGCGUCUCACAUCCCUUCCACUCCUGUGACCCACCUGGGGAGGAGCAAGUCAUGCCCAGCUGUGUUCCCCUGUUCCAGUCCUACUUCAUCAGUGUAAUGGAUGAGGAAGACUACCGUGGCUGUGAUGAUGUGGGCCAUGCCCAAAACCUCUUAACGGAAUAUCAGCAGAGGGAGGGGCUUGAUUUGGAACAAAUGAUGUCAGACAGUUAUGCACUGAAUGAGAAGUAUGAGAAAAGUAAAGCUGAAAAGAGAGACCAGGUGUUCCAUAAGUUUUUGAAAAGAAUUUCUGUCUGCAAGGAACAGAUCUUAAGGUACUCCUGGGGAGGGCAGCCUUUAUUUAUCACCUGCCCUUCAACAGACAUCAAGACAGCAGCCCCACCCUGUAGGAACUGUAAUAGCAGGAGAAUCUUUGAAUUUCAACUUAUGCCCACCUUGGUCAGCAUGCUCAAGGCCGGAGAUGACGAUGUGUCUGUAGAAUUUGGAACAGCAUUAGUGUACACAUGUGAGAAGAGUUGCUGGCCCACUGAGCAGAAAACACCCUUGGAAGAAUUUGUUUUUAUACAAGAAGACCCAGAUGAAAAACUAUUUAAAUAGAUACUAUUUAAUUCCUUACAUAAAUAAAGUUUAUAUAAAUUA